AUGGAGCCAAAGCUCCCGCAAGGACUGGUGGUCAUGUCAAAUGUGUCACCUAGUGAGGUUGUGGAGCAGGAGACAUUGAGUAAUGGUGUAUAUAAGAGCCUUUGGCAAGCCUACUCGACCUCACACUCGGCCAGCAAAGAUGAGACUGAACGUCGCCUAGAACAUCUUUUCUGGAGGAUAUGGGGAGCUAAACGACUCUCGACCCGGAUAAAUCUCCAUACUCUAGACCGUCUUGUUCUACGCAUCAAGGCACCAGCAAAAUUGCCUGUCAGACAAAGGCUCACCAACUCACCGUUGCCUGGGGACAGCGACAAAGAAGAAAAGCUCAUCAAUAAGAAUCAACCAGCCCACGCUGCCGGAGCCUGUCCCCCUCACUCAAUAUUGAAGAAGCCGCAACAUUCAGAAGUUGAAACACAUACAACAACCCGCUUACUUCUUGACACUCCUCUCGGCACGAAAAUAAUACUUGAACCUUCCGAUUCUCCUUCUUCCAUCGCCAACAUGGUUGCUGAGCCCGCCCCUACCUCCGAUCUGGAUAACAUGGGCCAUCAGCGUCGCAAGAAGCCUUCAGUGGAUUCUGAUUCUACGCUCCUGUCAGAGAAGGUUGGCAACCAUGGUUCCAAGAAGACGUCCAUUGCUGCUGAAGCUACCAUCAUUCCGGAGAAUGUGGGUCAUCAUGGUCCCAAGAAGACCUACCUUACUGCGACACGCAACGGACGAGGCCCACGCCGCCGGCCAGUCUUCAACCGCCGCAAGUCCUCGCAGGCGUCUAUCUCGAAAACCGCACCUCCCACGCGCCGUCGCUCUGAGCCAUCCACCAAGGCCGAUGGCACCAACACCCUCUACGAAGACAGCUAUGUAGAGUUGGGCCUAUUGCAGCACCUCAGUUUCCGCGAUGAAGAAGACCAGAUCGCGCGUGAUCUAGGGCGUGAGAUUGCACCUGAGCCAAAACCCGUCAAGCCAUCUGUGCCACUAUUUGAUGAUGAAUUUCUCGAUGAACCUUCCGCCGUGGAAAUUGCGAAAGCAGCUCCAAAGACGUCCCCUGUUCCCUUUCCGCGAGCUUCUUCCCUCCGACACCCAAUGUUGAGCCCUGAGGACUUUGGCAAAAUCACCCCGUCGUUCGGCGUGAUGGAGAGUCACCUCGACUUGCCUGGUGGGCCGGAGCUUGUGGCUCCUGAUGAUGUCGAAGGGGACUGGACCGAUAUUGACGCUAUUGAUUCAACACUUCCCGUCUCACAGCCAUUCAAGAACUUGGUCUCGCACCGUGAGAUCAUUGACCAAGAGCUUUCACCUGUACAGCCCGCCGCCCCAAUUAUUCAAGAGACUUCACUGCUGUCAUCUGCUAUCAAAGAGGUGAAGUUGUGA